AUGCUGGAGAGCGCGCAGCUGGUCGUGGGCUCCGACGCGGACGCCGACCGCUCCGAGCGGGACGCCGCGGAGGCCCCCGCGAGGCUCCGGAGGCGGCACCACGGCUCGAACGGCCACGCCCCGGGCGGGCCGCCGGCGGGCAGCGGCGGCUCGAACGGGCACGUCGGCGAGGACGAGCUCAAGUCCUCCAACGGGCACGACCUCGCGGGUCCGGGGAGCAACGAGCAGAUUGCAGAGAGGAGCCGGAGGGUGCGCGAGAUCUGGAGCGAGUCCGAGAGGAGGUGGAAGCCGCUGACCAACUGCAUGUUCAAGUGCGGCUUCUUCGGAACGCAGAACUUGCUAGAGGCCUGCGGCUACUGGUGCCUCGGCACGCUCUACGGGCAGUACAGCGCCGCCUGGGCGUACUGGGCGGUCCAGAUAGUAUUCGUUACGCUGAACUGGUCGAUGAUGAUGUUCCUGCUGACGAGUCGUCCUCUGAUGUUCCUGCCCGGUGGC